AUGGUGGAAAGAGAAGAAGGAGAAAAGAAUGAUAACGAAGAGGAUUGGAGAUCGCAACUUCAUUCAUACUUGGAGAAGGGAGAAGUACCGAGGAACAGAUUGGAAGCACACAAGUUAAAAAGUCGUGCGUCAAAUUACGAGUUAAGAGAGGGUGUACUUUAUUGUAGAUCAUUCCUCGGGCCCUCUCUCAGAUGCUUGAGGCGAAAAGAAGGAAUGGAAAUACUAAAGCCAAUACACUAUGGAGAUGCAGAAAACCAUAGUGGGGGAAGGUCAUUAGCGUACAAAACAAAAAUGCAAGGAUAUUAUUGGCCUUAUAUGCAUGUGGAUGUGAAAGAACUGGUGUCUGACAAUGGAAAGCAAUUCGAGGGCGAGAACAUAGAGAUGUUGUUAAAUGCCUUCAAAAUCCUGAUCGGAAAAUCAACCCCAUUAUAUCCGCAGAGUAAUGGCCAAACAGAGGCAAUAAACAAGACACUCACGGAUAUACUAAAGAAGAAGUUGGAGGGGCACAAUAAAGGAUGGUGCGAACAGGUCCACAAUGUAUUAUGGGCGUAUCGAACAACACGGAGGGAAGCAAUAGGAAUAUCACCAUUCUUUUUAACAUGA